CAGAGUGAAAAGAAAAAGUAAUCUCUUCUGUCGAAAGUGUGAUAAACUCACCAGACAGCCUCCCCAAAAAAAACAUCUUCUAUUUCUGUUUUUUUCUCCUCCUCCUCCAAUAAUCUAUUUAACUUCACAGAGGGUUUUUUUUUCCAUGUGCUGCCGUGCUACAAACUAAUAAUGAUGAAACAAUAAAGAAAAAAAAACAAAAACAAUUUCCCGACACUUUAUCGCAGCAAAUCGGUGAAAAAGAUUCUAUUACAAAAGCGGGACACGACUGUUGUACAGUGCACCUUAAGAAAGCCCUGCGUUGGACGUGAUUGGCAAAGACAUUAUUCUAUCCUUGGUACCCUGCCGUUCCGGGAUUACAGUGACGUCACGCUGAUACCCUUGCAUGGAUGAAUGCUAAAGAACUAUAGAGCCACAAAUAAUAGCACAAGCAGAGUCCAUAUCUUGCAAGUCUUACGUUAUCCUUUAAGCCUCCUUCAGCUAACACAACAACAUUUUUUUUGUUGUUGUUGUUGUUUUUUUUUUUGCACUUAAUGACGCUUAAUUUCAUUUCUUAUCGGGUCCUUGGGGGGGAUUAUUCAUUCAUAUAAAACAAUCUGCAGCUGGUGCCAGCCUAAAGUCUCCCUCCUAUGAGUGAAGUCAUCUAUUAUUGAGCGAAAGGCCGUGCGUUGGAAAUGUGUGUAAGACGGUGGAUUUGAAGUAGAAUUGGUUGCAAUCGAUCAAGGGUGAAGAAUAUUGCUGAUGGUAACAAAAGAAGCAGCUAUGUCUUUCUCGCAAUUUGGAUACCCUUACAAUGCAACUUCCCAGUUUUUCGUGUCGGCAAACCCCAGUACGACUUGCUGCGAUUCGAUUUCCAGGUCGGUCUCUGACGGGACAGGCGGCUCCCAGACCGCCGCUGCCGCCGCCGCCGCUGCCUCCUUCUGCUGCCCGUCCUACGAGAACCGGCUCCUGGCGAGCAGCCGGACGGAGCUGAACGCAGCGCUGGGGAUGUACAGCUCUCCCUACGCUGCAGCGGCCGCCGCCAGCCAGAACUACGCCAACUACUUCCCCUACAGCACGGACCCAUCCGCUAUCUACUCCACUCUGAACCCACAGUACGACAUUAAGGACAGCACGGGCACUUUACACUCUGGCAUCACUCAGACGGCUGCAUACUACCCUUACGACCACUCACUCGGACAGUAUCAAUAUGACAGAUACGGGACGGUCGACUUUAAUGGCACGGCCAGAAGAAAGAACGCGACCCGCGAAACCACCAGCACCCUGAAAACAUGGCUGUACGAGCACCGCAAGAACCCCUACCCCACCAAGGGGGAGAAGAUCAUGCUGGCCAUCAUCACCAAAAUGACCCUCACCCAAGUGUCCACCUGGUUCGCCAACGCCCGGAGGAGGCUAAAGAAGGAGAACAAGAUGACCUGGUCGCCAAAGAACAAGGCCAACGAUGACAGGAAGGACGACCUCAAGAGCGACCAAGACUGUGUCACCAAAGAUUCUAGUGAUUGCAAGGAGGAGAAGGACCUGCACCUCAGCGAUCUGGAGGACAUGGACGAGGACGACUGUGACAAGCUGGACAGUGACUGUGAAAAGGUGGCUGCAGACGAGCAGGACCUGCAGAGGGCCAUGGCAGUGUCCGGGGCCCCUCACAAGAGAGACUGCAGCUCGGAGCUGCACCUGAGCUUGACUAACAGCUUCCACGCGUUCCCCUGCGCCAUCAAAAGCGUCACCACCCUCCCUCCUCUCCCAUCAGACUUCCUGGAUCCUGUGGUGUCCAAGGCGACCUCAUCGGCCGGCCUCACGGGGACGGUGUCCCUGUCACACUUUGAAACGUCGGAUAAACCUCGGAUUUGGUCUCUGGCUCGUACGGCUGCCUCGGGGGUCAUACUGAGCCCUCAGCAGCAUGUCUCGGAGCUGAGGACAGGCACCUCGAGCGGGGAUUGCCAGCUCCAGAGCAGCAGGCUUACUGCUGGACAGUGUGGGGGCAUGAGAGGCCUCCAUGAAGCUGGUACUGAGAGCUCCUUCCCCGAGGGCUCAUCCUUGCACUCUAAAGUCUACGGCACUGGCAGCUACAGCCACAAGGACCUGCAACUGCACUGUUCAUCCUAUGCUGCAAUCCAGGACACGUGUCAGUACUCCACCAUUGAAGGGUUCUCUGGUGGCAAGGCAGAGACACAGCCAUCUGACCUCAGUGAAGCCUGUGGGACGGCGCAGGAUGACAAGGUCACCGCGUUCAGGCCGGUGAUGAAGAGGUGAAGCAGAUUGCUGGAAUCUGCACCACAAUAAACAAUGGGACAUUUAUUAUGCACUAAAGGACUCACUGGCCCUCGGAGAUGACACAUGAGGAAGCUACCUGGCUCUGCAGCAGUGAGAGGUGUCAAACUGUGGACGUGGCUAAUCAUUUUGCACAACUUUGUUUUGAUGGUGGUAAAGACUUUAUGCAAAAAAAGAAAAAAAAAAUUCUAGAUGCAAAGAAAAAGGAGAAACGGGGCGGCCGAAAUUCGUGUGUGGCAAUCGUGUAGUGUAGCGAACCUACUUAUUUAUUUCUCUGCGUAAUUUAUGAUUUUGUUACUCUGUCGUCUGUCUGUUGAUUAUUUAACGUGUCCAUUGGUUGAAUUCGUGUCCUCCCUCUGAGUAUGUUGUUACAUGUUUUUUGCUGUGGCUUCGUGUCAUUUAUUUUCUAUUUAUUUAUUUAUUUAUUUUUUGCCUGAUGUAAAAGAGAAAAAAAAAUUUCAAAGUUGACCAUAAAUGGAUUGGAUCUUCCCCUCUCCACCCCAACCCAGCCCCCACCUUCUCCUCCUCCUCCUCCUCCUCCAUCUAUCCAUCCAUCCAUCCAUGUUUUACGCGUGGAACCCCUUGAAGAGUUUUGUCAUUGUAUUUGAAAAAAAGUGAGCUUCUUCUGUGUUUUUUGCCAUUCAUGACAGUUUUUUCUAA